AGCAUUGCGUGGGAAAUAUUUUGACAGUUUGAAAAUGUAUGUGAUGAAGUUUUUAAAGAUAUGGCAUUUUUAUUUGUGUAUAAAAGGAGUUUUCAGCCUUACAGCAAAUCAAACAGAUAUCGGCCUUUGUAACAAUGAAGGGAAGGUAAAAUGUUGUGCGGAUUACAGAAAUGUUUCAGGAAGAUGUGAACCAUGUCUGGGUUCAUUUGGAGAGGCCUGUGAAAAAAACUGCCCGAAUGGAUAUUAUGGACAUGGAUGUAGAAAUAAAUGUGACUGUUUGCCAACUGAACCAUGUCACGAAAUCCACGGUUGUUUAACAAAUAGAACAGGACACGGCGAUUGUUAUGAUGAAUUGACAGGGAAGCUGAGAUGUUGCUCUGAUUACAGAAAUGUUUCAGGAAGAUGUGAACCAUGUCUAGGUUCAUUUGGAUUUGACUGUAAUAUAACCUGCCCUGAUGGAUAUUAUGGACAUGGAUGUAGAAAUAAAUGUGACUGUUUGCCAACUGAAUCAUGUCACGAAAUUCAUGGUUGUUUGGACUGCAUAGGAUCGUUUGGAGAAAACUGCAGUCAGCCGUGUUCUUUUGGAUUCUUUGGCUAUAAAUGUAAAGAAGAGUGUAACUGUAGCAGUGAUACGCAUUGGUGUGACAAUAUUUUGGGUUGCAAGAUUAAAGAUGUGCAUAAUCAGAGUCAGGAAAUCAGGACAAAGCAUUUAACUUUUGAGGUCGUGGGAUCAAUCACUGGAACUUCAGCAUUUUGGUUUUUAACGUAUUUAGUGUGCAGCUGGAAACGGAAAUCGACUACAACGAUGGAUGUUACCAUGCAAGAGGAGGGACAUUCUGGCAAUAUUCUAGGUGAAUCGCAACGGCAACCGGAAGGAAACACACCAGCAGUGCAAUCUGGAAGACAUGUACGGUCUAAAUCAUGUCAACAUGGAGCUAAGAAAAGAAAACCUGUAAUUCGAUCACGAUCUCUGUCACAAGACACAUAUGGACGAUUGAAUAGGCGUUCUGAUGACUACGACCAUCUAGACCUUCUUGUACAUCACACCCAACCGUCAGUGUUUGCUUUCAGCAGCAAUUAUAGCAAGAUAAAGCUGCAACCAUCUCAAAGACAUGAAAGCAAUGGUUCUGAAACCUUUCCGGGGGAGAGUAGCAAUAUGUCAGUAGUUAUCAGCAACAAUUUACAUGAUUAGGAAGAUGAAAUUAUUGCCGGGCUAAAACCGCGAUCAUUGUAUAAACAUAGGUCGUACAGUUUUAUAAGAGGAAAAUCAGAAACCCGCGUUCAGUAACAUGGUUGGACGCCAAGAGCAUCUUGAUGAUAAGCGUUCUAUUCAUGACUAACAUGCGUCUAAUCUUGCUGAAGAUAUUGAUCAAGUGAAUGGGUUUCAGAGAGCAUAUGUUAUCAUUUUACAUUCUAAUACUUAUAUUAUGGGAUUGCUUAACUAUUACUUUUGUAAGAAACUCAUUCUUAAUACCAACACAGAGAUUUUGCUGUUUUGUUGGGGAGUUCGGUUGUUUGGUUUUUUGGGGGGAGGGGGUGGUCAUUCGAGCCUAUUAAGUUUGAUGACACUCCAGUCUCAACCACAAUAUAUAUCCAAUAUAAAAAUGACAAUUCCAAAAAUUUAAACGAAAGCAAUAAAAGCUUGGAUAUCAGGCCAACCAAAUACAAUUCAGAAUCUGUUCGUACAAUAAGGUACAUACAAUUCCGGUACUGAUUUUAUGAAUGACAUAAAUAAUGUGGAAUUAAAUUGAAAAACAAGGAAAUUUAGGAAAAUUAAAGAAAAUUAAAUUGAGAGAAUCUAGGACCAUAAAUACUAAUUAGGACAAAUCGUUGUAAGGUACAAGUAUUGGAAAGUCUCAAUCCAAAGCAAGACUUCCUGAAGAAUAACUCUUCAACCAUAUUUCUGGGUGAAACCUCAAUAUGAGGAAAUUUCUGUUGCGUUGUUUUUCUUAUAUAUAACUGAUACCAAUAGACGGUACCAUUCCCAAAUGCCAAAUCAUAUUUAUUCGUCGUAAUUCCGGACUCUUAAUUUGUUCCGUAGUAAGGGCUAACUAAUUAAUGAAUUCACUCGUGAAAAAAGUAAAUUUAAUGAACAUUCAUUUUGUAUUUUCAUUCAUUGGAAGAUGCAUAUUUCAAUCGUAAAUUAAAUGUAAGCAUUCAAUACAAUUAUAGAUUUCUUGUCUGUCAGUUUAUUUGUGUCACUAUAUGGUACUAUCGUUCCAAAAACAGCGUGUUACUUCAUUUGAUCGUACGUGCAAAUAAAUAUAUAUAUAUAUAUAUAUCAAUGAAACCGGUUUUACUUUUGUUCUCUAUUACUAGUCACAUUGGACCGGUUGUGGUAGCUCAGUGGUAAAAUAUUCGCUUUGUAACCGGGAGGUCGUAUAUCCAAUUCCCGCUCUUGCCAUGACCAGACAAAGGAAAGACAUAAAUAUAGGUAGUGAUUAGAUUGAAAAUCACAGUUAUUUCGGAUAUAACCUCAAAUACGGAAAUACCGUGUUACUAAAGGCGUUGACAAACUAAAGAACCCUAAUUGAUACGGCCCUGAUCGCUAAGCAUAAGUCUAAAUUUGUGGUACUUCUCCUACAGCUGGUGACGCCUCAAUUUGAGUGAAAUAUUUUCGACGGGAUAUCAAACAAAAAGAAACAAGCACUUUCUAUUGUAUGCUUUGGAUUUGGCGGGGGGGGGGGGGCAUAAGGAAGGCUUAAACAACAACUUGACAAUAUCGACCCAUCGGUCACAAAGCUAAUAGUCUAAGUACUGAGUUACCGUUAUCAGUUUAAUAUAUGAUGUGACUGUCAUGUUGCGAAUGGACUGACACUAUGAGGAGAAGUUACAUGUCUUUCGGAUAUGACUACGCGAUAGACAAAGGCACGGUAAAGAAUCAUCGCAACGGUCCUCAGUGUUAUGAAUAGGUCAAACAGUGUGUCACUUUACAUAGAUUGGUGAUGUUAACUCUGGAUUUACACGAAUGAAAUAGUUUUCAUUGAAUAUAAUGCCAAGAACAGAAUGCCUCUGGGUUAUAUGUGUAUGUAGCUAACCAUAGAAACCAAAUUACUACCCAUUUGAAAUCAAUUGAAUGGAAUGGCAAUUUGAUGCGCAGUAUUGUUGAAAUGGCAAAAAGCUUAAUACCAAAUGACAACAGUAUUUUAAGCAAAUGACAAGGAAUUAAUCAAUAUUUUAAUGUUAUCAUUUUGAAGAUGUACAUCAAAUAUCCAGAAAGUGCUUGUUAUUUGUGAGUAUGUUUAAUAUAUUUAUAUAACUGUAUAUGCUUUGUCGUAUAAUUAUUGUGACUGUCCAUGUGUGAUAUCGACUUUUUAUUUCGGAUUGUAUUUAAAGUCAAAUAUAUCUAAGUGACCUGUGAGAACCAGUCAUAUAUGUUGUGACCUCUAUAGAGAAGUUACAUCUUUUAAUAGAGAUUCGUUUCGUUAAGAAUUGCAUGGUUUUUUUAUGGUUCUGUGAACAAUUAUAGAAUACGUUUUUCUUCAUAUGUAUCUCAAUAAAAUUAGAAUUUUA